UUGUGUUGCGUGGUUCCUCAGAGCGCGUGUGGAAGUUAUCUGUCGGUGAUGGAUUAGGAGGAUGAAUUACAUUCAGGGGGAAACCGAUCCGGAGGGAAACACCUGAAGCGCUCGCCAUGCUCGCACAAGCCGGACCUUUCAGUGCCGUGCGCGCUUUGGAGAUGGAGACAGAGCUCAGGCGCGCUCAGGAACCCGGGAUUGUUCUGUCUGAAGCUUUUCUGUGGACGCUUUAAAGUGAAGAAGGAUGAAGCAGCACUGAGUGAAUGCAUGUGUGCAUGAUGACUGAGUGAAGGAACGCGCUCUCCGGUGGCUCCGUGCGCAUAAAGGCCUGUGUCUUGCUGUAGUGAUGAUUGCAACUGGGGGUGUCAUCACGGGCCUCGCAGCCCUAAAGCGGCAGGACUCUUCCCGAUCCCAGCAUCAUCUACCCACCCAAAGCCCGGUCCCUCCACCUAAGAAAAAACGAUCAAAAAAGAAACCUCGCACAGAUAUCGUCGUGGUUCGGGGAAGAAUCCGCCUGUAUUCUGCAUCCGGGUUCUUUUUGGUUUUGGGAGUGUUGAUUCUUAUGGUGGGCAUUGCCAUGGCUGUACUGGGGUAUUGGCCUCACAAGGAUCACCAGAGGACAGCGGAGAGCAAACAGUCCGGCAAUGAUACACGGAUGAAUCCGGACCAGGCAGGCAAAGUAGCACAUUUUUUUGAGCAGCACUUGCACUCAGAGAAAAUGAAAAUGCUUGGACCAUUCACCAUGGGCAUUGGAAUAUUUAUCUUUAUCUGUGCGAAUGCAAUCUUGCAUGAGAACAGGGACCGAGAAACAAAAGUCAUCCAUAUGAGAGAUAUGUACUCGACCGUUAUAGACAUCCACAGUUUAAGAAUACAGGAGCAGAAGUGCAUGAACGGGGCCUAUAUGGGUCCUUAUGGUGACCAUGAGGUCCAUUCCUAUGGUCAGGACAGCCACUACACAUCACGACUUGCUGCAAACACUCUACUUACUUUCUCUAGUUUGGGCGGUGAUGUGCGACUGUCCCGUCGCACAAGCUCUGCUGAGGACGAGGAAGGUCUUAUGAAUGAAGGAGGACCAAGUUUGUUGUCGCCUGGGUACAGGGACCGUUCUGGAUCAUUCUUUGGAUUUCAGCCGGAGAGCAUCCGUCGCUGGGAGGAUCAACAUAGCAACCUUAAAAAGUGUCAGACUCGCUCGAUUGUGUCGUCCUCUAUAAGCGCCUUCACACUUCCUGUUAUCAAACUGAACAACUGCGUCAUCGACGAACCAGAUAUUGACAAUAUAACAGAAGAGUCAGAGCAGCUGAAAGACAGAUUAAGACCUCCAUCCAUGGAAUCUUUAACCGUCCCUGUUCCCGAUAUAUCGAAAGCCUUUAAGCCUCCCUGUACUCUCCUCCGCAGCAACUCUGCUACAGAAUCGCCAGCAUUUCUGUCUGCUUCCUCACAAUCCUCACUGUCUACCGGAUCCACCAGUGACAGGUUCCUCUCACCCGGAGCAGCCCGGAAAGACUUCGGAUCUAACAAUUCACUCCACAUGCUGUCAGCUCACUCCAAGUCUUUGGACCUGGAACGAGGCCCCGUCAUGCUGACCGUACAGCCAGAACAGCGCAAGCAUCCGAGCUGGCCGAGGUUGGAUCGCAGCAACAGCAAAGGUUACACCAAACUGGAGAAUAAAGAGGACCCGAUGGACAGGCUGCUGGUGCCCCCAGCAGCUGUUAAGAGAGAUUACACCAAAAAAGAGAAACUUCUCAUGAUAUCCAGAUCACAUAACAAUUUGAGUUUUGAACAUGAUGAGUUUAUGAGCAGCACCCUGAAAAGAGGGACCUCUGAGACUAGAUUUUAAGGGACCUCAUAGGGAUAACGAGGCCUUACAACCACAUGUUACAGAGAUACUUCUGCAAUUAGGGGUGCAUUUAACUGAUCACAGUUUCAGGGUUGAAACCAGCCUGAAAUCAUGACUCAAUUCACUGCCAAAUUUCAUGCCAUGAAUCUGUGAGAUGUUAACUGAAGUAUUAAGCCUGCCGCUAUCAUACCUUGCAUAGCUUGGCACAAAGGUUGCUGAAAAGUGGCUCAGGUACUACAAGGAUUUUAGCCCAUCGCCUAUACAUAUCCUGAACCCAUAGUCAAAGCUUUGAUACUGGUAUCCUGUCAACAAUGGAAAAUGGUAUUGGUGCAACCCUAUCUGCAAAAUAUAUUCUGAUUUUAAAAAUCUUGCAGUGAUUUGUGAACUCGUGAACACAGGUCCAAUGGACUGUAAGCUCAGGUGGAUAUUCUGUAAAACAGACAUAUUAUUUCUUUAAAUCAAUCAUUGCUGAGAGGAAUUCAGAGAUUUUUAAUCCCAGAAAAAAGGUAAACAGAAACUUGCAUGCCCCAUUUACACCUGGACAUUUUAUGUGUCCUGUAUCUGGCUAAUAAAACCACCUUUACCACAUGGACAAAAGCAGUCGGUCACCACUUCAAAUGUUUGAAUUCAUGUGUUUCAGCCACAACAAUUGCUAACAAGUGUAACAAAUUGUAUAUAUAUAUAUAUAUACAAUUAUAUAAAAGAAAUUAUAUGCAUACAAUUAUAUGCUCUUUAUUUCCCAAAUAAACUGUU